AUGCCCCUGCAGGGCCCUGAGGGAGCCGCAGCAGCAGCAGCAACAGCAGCAGCAGCAGAUGCAGCAGCAACAGAAGCUGCAGCAGCAGAUUCUAAAGCAGCAGCAAAUGCUGCACCUACAGCUGCUGCAGCUUUAGGGGUAACACCCGAAACAGCAGCAGCCGACCCAGCAGCAGCAGAUCCAGCACCAGAAGAUGCAUCAACAGUAGCAGCAGCAGCAGCAGCAGCAGCAGCAGGCCAAGCAGCAGCAACAACAACAACAGAUCAAGAAGCAGCACCAACUGCUGCAGCAGCGCCAGCAGCAGCAGUAGAGGAGCCAUCAGGCUGCACAGCAGAAGGCAACACUACUAGCAGCAGCACAACCACCAGCAGCACCAGCAGCAAUACCAGCAGCAGCAGCAACGGCAGCAGCAGCAGCAGCAGCAGCAGCAAGCCUGCUGUGCUGCAUCUGCGUGGGGGUAUAGAUGAGCUGCUGCAGCUGCAGCUGCAGCAGCAGAUCUGGCUGCAGCCGCAGAUGCAGCUAUACAGUACCAGCAGCAAGCAAACAGAUGCAGCACGAACGGCAACAGCAACAGCAACAGCAACAGCAACAGCAGCAGCAGCAGCAGCAGCAGCAUUUGUUGUGUGUUUUGCUGCAGCGGGACGUCAGGCAGUUUCCUUUCGUCCCGCCCCUAAGCGCCUCUCGCGCAGCAGCAGCAGCAGCAGCAGCAGCAGCAGCAGCAACAGCUGCAGCAGCAGCAGGGCCGACACGGGAGUCACCUUCUCUGUUGGCAGCAACAUUGUCACACUAGGGACCCCCAAGAGACGCAGCAACAGCAGCAGCAGCAGCAGCAGCAGCAGCAGCAGUGUAGCGGAGCUCAGCAGCAGCAGCAACAGCAGCAGCCGCAAACGCCGCAGCAGCAAAGGCCCACACUUGGGGAAUACAGAGGAAGAAGUUGCAGAAAAUAUCGUCAAACUCUUCACGGACAAGGGAACAUCUAAGGGGGAGAAGGCUCUUCGUGCGGCAUUCAGAUUGGCGCUCAAUAGGAGAUACGAUGAAUCAGCAGCAGAGCGUCGUUGGUCUGCUGUACAGGCAGGUGCCUAUACACUCGAAGAGCAGCAGCAGCAGCAACAGCAGCAGCAGCAAUUUGCUGUUUCCUUCCAAGACCCUCUUAACCCACAUGAGACCGUUGUUGAAGAAUAUCCAGCAUUAAGCCGUUCGUUGCUGCUGCAGGUGCUACGAAGUGUAUGGCAAUCAAAUGAUGAAAUAGCAAGGGGAAAUCUUCGCCCUUAUUAUCUGUGCCAAGCUAAUCCAGCUGUAUUUUGGAAUUUGAUAAGGAAUUUUGGUGGAGAUAUUUUUUCUGCAUUUUGCUGCGCCUUUGGAGAAAAAGAAGCAGAAGAAUUAUUUAAUAGAAAAAAAACUUUAUCUGCUAAGGCAAGGGAAAAUCUUGAGCAGCAGCAGGAAGCAGAGGCACUGCGAGCUGAGAGGCGGCUGCUGCAGCAAACGAAGCUUGAGAUGCAGCAGCAGAAGCAGCAGCAGAAGCAGCAGCAGCAGAAACAGGAACAAGGCCAACAAGAGCUCCAACAGUCGCAGCAGCUGCAGCAGCAGCAGCAGACUAAAGAACCAGCAGAGGCUGCACCAUCAGCAGCAGAUGCAGCACCAGCAGAAGCAGAUGCAGCACAGGCAGCAGCAGAUGCAGCAUCGGUAGCAGCAGAUUCAGCACCGGCAGCAGCAGAUUCAGCACCGGCAGCAGCAGAUCCAGCAGCAGAUCCAGCAGCAGAUGCUGGCGCAGCAGCUGCCGAAACAACAGCAGCAAGUGCAGCGCCAGCAGCAACAGCAGCAGCAGACGAGGCAGCAGGUGCAGCAGUGGCACCGGCAACUGCUGCAGCAGAAGCAGCAGACACAGCGUUAGCAGCAGCAUCAGCAGAUGCAGCAGCAGCAACAGCAGCAGCAGUUCCAGCUGAUUCUGCUGCUGGAGCAGCAGCAGCAGCAGCAGCAGCAGCAGCAGCAACAGCAGCAGCCGCAGAUGCAUGCUCAGGAGGAGACGAUACAGCCACUCCCGCAUCGUCAGUGCGGCGCAGCAAACGCGCCGCAGCAGCAGCAGCAACAGCAACAGCAGCAGCAGCAAGACCAGCAGCAGCAGCCCGCACCCCAAGACGCAAGAAAACCUAA